GCACGCAUACGCAUACCUCUUUCCUGGUGACGUGUCACGUCACUCUACGGCAUGGCGCUGUUGUCUUAAUGUGCUGCGUGUCAAAAUACUAUUAAUUUCUAACGACCCAAGCCUCUAAAUGCACAGUUAAAUUUAAUAUAUGAAAUGCUGCCUUCUCCAGCCGUGUUUCACUUUCUCUGGGAGAUCAGUACAGACCUGGUGAAAGAUGGUGCUUCAGUGCGAACCUAUGGCAGACUUACAAGUUACAAGCCAGAAGGAUCCAAAGCCAUUCUAAGUGGUCAGCCAUCUUCUGCACAGUGCCAUGUGUCUGUACAAACAACGCUUGUUGAACCAUUCCACCUCACACUCGGAGCUCAGUAUUUUGUUCUUGGUGAAAUUGAAAAAACUGAUGGAUUAAGUGGAGCUAUUCUACAUGCUCGUGCUUUGAGUAAUAUUGAUGGUGUAGACCUCAUACUAAUGCAAAAGGCCAUUAUGGAACAGAGAUGUUUCUUUAAGGAGAGAAUGAGCCCUCAUAUGUAAAAAAAUAAAUAAAUAAAAAAAAUAAAAACUGUGAAAUGUGA